UCAAACAACUCUUAUUCGAAUCUCAGCGACGAGCAGCAGCGAACAUUUGGAGGUUUUAACACCAGAGCAACUUUGAAGACUUUCCUUGGUUUCAAAUCGUCUCCUGCAAUCAUGGCACCGAUUUUACUGAACUGUAUGGGGAGUGAGCACAAUGAGUAUAUCAAACAACACGUCCAGGUGAAAAAUCCCUACUUGGAGAGCAUGGAGGAGGAUAUUCUCUACCACUUCAGCUUGAGCAACAAGACUCACAACCUUCCAGAAAUGUUUGGAGACAUUAAGUUUGUGUGUGUUGGUGGCAGCGCGAACCGCAUGAAAGCCUUCGCCCAGUUCAUCCACCAGGAGCUGCAGCUGCCAGGAAACCCAGAGGAAAUCAGAGAUAUCUGUGAGGGCACUGAUCGCUACUGCAUGUACAAAGUGGGACCAGUGCUGUCGAUAAGUCAUGGAAUGGGCGUCCCCUCCAUCUCCAUCAUGCUGCACGAGCUCAUCAAACUGCUGCACCAUGCCCAGUGUCGUGAUGUGGUCCUCUUUCGCCUCGGAACAUCCGGUGGAGUCGGUCUGGCUCCAGGGACCGUGGUGAUCACAGACAAAGCGGUGGACUACUCCUUCCGUGCCCAGUUUGAGCAGGUGGUUCUGGGUAAAGUCAUCACCAGGAGCACUGAGCUGGACGAGGGGGUGGCCAAAGAUCUUCUGCAGUGCUCCUCCGAGCUGCAAAAAUUUCCAUCAGUGAUCGGAAACACCAUGUGCACCAGCGACUUCUACGAAGGUCAAGGCCGACUGGACGGGGCGCUGUGCUCCUUCUCUCACGCUGAAAAACUGGAGUAUCUGAGGAAAGCGUACGAGGCCGGAGUGAGGAAUAUUGAAAUGGAGUCCACUGUAUUCGCUGCCAUGUGCCGCGUCUGUGGUCUCAAAGCGGCUGUGAUCUGUGUUACGUUGCUGAACCGCUUCGAGGGAGACCAGAUCACCUCCACUCAUGAUGUGCUGACGGAGUACCAGCAGAGACCUCAAGUCUUAGUGUCCCACUACAUCAAGAAACGCCUGGGACUCAUUGACUGAGACGUCUGCCUCCCCCACCCCAGCAUUCCCCAAAACAUGUAUAAAGCUUUGACUGACAUGUGGAUAUGUAUAUAUUAAUGUAUAAACUGUACUGUAUAACAUGUUAAUAUGUGUAUUAGACACUUAUUUUAUAAACUAUUAAGAUUUCUUUGAUGAUAUAAAUAUGCUAAAAUAUGAAGUUAUGUAUGAAUAUAAGUAUUUAUUGUAUUUUUUGAUUUGAAUACUUUGGUGCUUAUGUAUGGAAACUGUGAUUUUCAAAAUAAUGGUCUUCUGUACGUUGAUUUUCAUACUUGACUCUUGAAUUUUCCUCGAGUUGAUUUUAUUCCAAAUGAUUUGAACAUUUGGAAUAAAAAUCAUCAAAUUGGUUUGUAGUCUCUUAGAGAGUUUUUUCCCCCAUUAUAUGCUCAUUAGAUGAGAAGCACUUGUAUUCCUUAGUGAUUUUCACUUAAAAUAUGAGAAGAGUAAAGGGACAUUCCUAUAAUUUAAAUUCAGUUGUGAACGUGUUAUUAAAUACUCAGAGUAAAGAUUGUGCAAUAUAAGCUUGUUUAUGCAAAUGCAAAGUUAAAGAAGGUGACCUAAGAGGUGAAUAAACAUUGAUAAAUGUGCAGGAAAGUCAUCUCAAUGUGUUGGAUAUAUAUAUGUUUAUUAUGACUAUGAAAAAGUCUGUGAUACUGUAUUUCUCAAUGGGUUCUGUAGAGUAUAAAACUAAAACUAAAUAAAAACAAUAAAAGUUGACAAUGUUAA